UUCACUCAUAAAGAAAAGGACGAGCCAUUUUUAUCGUCUCGCUUAGGCAACGAAGAUCGCCGUUUACAUCCUCCCCAGAAUCAUGAUGGAUGAACAACUCCGGCAGAUUGCUCCGAGCGAAGAUUUUGAUCCAAUGGCAGCUUUAUUAGGGAUGAAUGUCACUUUGAAAAGAGAAGUGUAUCAAGAACGGGCAAGAAUCAACGAGGUGGUUGUUAGUCAGCACACUGAGGAUAUCGAAGCUCUCAAAAAGCAGAUUGAUGAGAAGAACAAAGUAAUUGAUGAGCUUCGUAAAUCAGUGGAAGGUUUGGAGGAGCAGAAUCAAGAGUUAAACGUGGAACUGAAGUCUAGAAACGAGGAGAUUAAAGCCCUCAAAGCGAGAAUCGGUCGACUCGAGAGUGAUAAGAAGGACUUAGAAGACGAACUCAAAUCUGUUACUGUCAAGGUUACCCGAAUGGAAAAGGACAUCAGAGAACUGAACGAGGCAAAGAUCGCCCAAGAAGAGAAAAACAUGGAACUACAAGAAAACUUCCACAAGGUCACAGGCAGGUUCGAGAGCAGAAACCAAGUAAUAAAGAAAGAGAUAAAGGAGAUUCGAGAAUCACAACACAAGGAGGUGCCACCGCCAUUAGCAGUCUUCCAAAGGGCAGGAGGACGGCAAAUGCUUAAUGCUCCUUUACCAAGGCAUUUGCAGAUUGCUGAUCGAGAGCUUCAUGCCUCGCUUUCUUUGGGAGAGCUGUGCCGAGUGCUCCAAAACAAGCUGUAUAAGGUAAUAUUCCCAAAUUCUUUCCAGCCAAACAGAAAUUACAAGAUAAAGAAUAUUUUGCGCGAUUUGGAUAAACUUCCUCAGCCGAAGGAGGAAAAGGAGCGAUCCAAAAAAAAGUGGAACGAAGUACAGGAAAAGUUGAGUUGGGAUGAAUGUUACGAAUAUGCCAUGAAAUCACUCCAGGAGAGUCGAAAUGUGGAUGCCCAUCCAACUCCUUUAACAGAAGAGGUUCUCGUAAGGGCUGCAGAACUCAUGGAUUCCAAAGGUAACUUAAAAGGUUAUCUGUCUUUGAAACGAGUGCACGAGUUGAUAUCUAUGUGGAAACAUGUUCAGACAAUGGAGUGAGUUAUUUCUCUGUGCUUUAUCAUAAUCUGGUUUCGCUGAAAAAGUUUUAGAUUCAAAUUUAGUCACUAAGAAACUAUAAUAUUUAGAAGCAUGCGAAUUAAGUCACACUCACAAUUAUUGUUUAAAGCUUUAAGGUGUCACUCGCCAAAAUUUCGGGACGAACAUUUACAACAUCACGGUAUUUUAUUUUUGCAUUUUAAAAGAAAUUGUCAAUAUUUCUAUUAGGGAGAACUAUUUGAACUUUAAAUGAGAUGUAAGACUUUGGAGUAAGGCAGAAAAUUUCGAUUCCAAAUGAAAAUUAUCAACAGAUGUGAAGUUUUAAUUUAGCCUACGUGUAGAGAGUCGCAAAUACUGUUGCCUCUUCAGGCUUGAACAGAACAACUUUGAAUCGCCUUGUUCAUAUGAGAAUAAAACCAUUGCCUUAUUGAGAUAACAAGACGCAAUUCUUUUGCUUCGCUCUCUAACAUAAUGGCCGAUUGUAGUUAGGUUUGGUUUAUUACUAACUUGAGAUCACAUGUUCGUUGUAUGAUACGCAGAUAAAAGUGAAGAACUGUGAUGCGAACACUGAAAAUUAUAUAAGAAACUACAGUAUUCGCUAAGUGCUGAGCCUCGUCAGUAAAGUAGGUAAUUUAUAAUUCUUCCACUAGCAAUAGUGACGAUUUCAACAUUUAUACUCGACUUCCGUUAGGCAGCAGAGAGAUGGUGUUCUAGGGGUAUUUCAACUUUCAUUUUCUUUCAAGUCUUCAUCUAUUUCAGGAUGUCGAGAAAGGAGAAAAUCCAUGUCAGCUCAAAAUCACAAUUUCCGUAGGGCCAAUUAAUUCGUACACGAGAAUCGUCUGAAGUAAACGACAAAACUGACCUGAGACCAUAUUGAUAGCUUUUAUUACACCUCCUUCUUUCGGAUCGCCAAUAUAGAAUGCACGUCGGUAGAGAAGACCAAAAAUUUCAUAAAUAAUGAAAGCCAAUAAAAGCUAAUGAACGCUUUACUUUCCUGGUUUCAUGUACAUACCAAAACGAAGCUUAUUUACGAGUUCAGUAUCGAACACGAUGCUUUCACUUGAAUUAAUUCACACGAAGAGUUACUGGAUUUCCGAGAAAUUGAACUCUUUGUGCAUAACGCAACAGGUCAUGAUCACUGUCUGCUAUAUCAACAAUAGGGACCUUGAGCAGUUAAGACGGGCAACGCCAAGGAAGACGUCGAUUAAAAAAUUAAUUUCUACUUUUGAUUAGAAUUUCGAAAAUUGUUGCAUGUGUU